ACGCAACUGCCACAACGAGCGUACAUCGCGCGUCGCACGUCGCACGUUAUCAGCCGCGUGCUCGCUGGGCCUCACGGUUCGCCCCUUUGCCUCUUUGCCCUCUUGCCCCCUUGCCCCCUUCGCUCCCUUCGCUCCUCUCGUUCUCUUCCUUUCUCUUGCCGCUACUCGUAUCCCACGGUUCACCGAGCUCCUGACGAAAUCCCAAGCGCGCGUGUCACGAGUGUCGCGUUGAGUGGAUCUCACAAAUUCUGGAUGAUGUAAAUUUUUCGAUUCGAACGCGGAGUCAAUUGCAUGUCAACGAAUUCAAAAGCCAAGUAUCCAGAUUGAUAAUUAACGCGCGUCGUGGAUAAACCUUGCGAGGACGAAAUUUGGAACUCGUUGGAAAAAAAUACCUUCUAUAUUUUUCACGAAAUGGAUGAUACGGAAGAAUAUGAAUCGUAAACUUUAGUUGAGUCGCGAAAGAGUGCACAUGUGCGUGAUUUUAAGAUGUGACUUUUGAUGGUGAUGCGAUUUCGUCACGUUGCUAUCAAUUCUGACCGCGUGACAAUAGGUGCGACAUUGUUUACGCUUAGACCUUAAUUAUCUUAAACUGCUUUCUCGUGACCUCGGACUUGCAGACUUAUCAAAUGACUACAAGUUUCCUGGUGAGUGCAUCCUCACAUACAUGGAGUUUCAGUUGGAUAGCGCAGAGUACUGCCAGGCUCAACACAAAUAGAGAGACACGCCCAUAUUCCCUGACAAUUGUUGGAUAUCGUUAAAGUAACGAGAAAAAGGCUAGAAACAUCUUGUGGAGGCAGGAAGAAGGAGGAUUAUUCAGAUAGAGAAUUAUCAUCGGGGAAGCCAGAAAAAUCAUCAACUAGUCAUCACACAAGGCAUAGAAGAAUUUAAUAGAAAUUAUUAAUUUACCUUAGUAGAUGCAAGCAUCAUAGAUACUGAGCGCACCUGUCACAGGAGCACUCGGUGCCAAAUAGGUAAUCUUCCGUGAAUUAUAGUCAAAAAGUCUCAAGUGGGAAGAAUAAAGCGCAUAUCAACACCGCCUAAUGUAACGUAGCCCUUACUUUUUCGGCGAAAUUCGCACCUGACGACCCUUCCUAAAAUCUACAUGUAAACCCAUGGUUCUGUCCUCUGUAAAAAAAUAAGAUAUUCUAUUAGUUAAAUGAGAAACAACUUUAUAAGACUGACAUUUAAUGGGCUAAGUUGUCAAAUCCAGCCUUUGUCGCUUCGUACAGUGUGGCACACAUACGAGAUUCUAAGAGACAAGUUGUGAGAUCUUUAAGAGUUAAAAACAACAAGACGGAAUAGAUAUAUAAACAUCUUUGCGGUUAGAAGGAAAUGAGCAACAUGAGGGUGAAGGAUAUCAGACCGGCGCCCAGCGAGAUUGAAUACAAAAACAUGAAGUUCCUCAUUACUGAUCGGCCCAAUGAUCAAACCAUCCAUACUUUUAUUCAAGAGCUGAAAAAGCACAAUGUAAAGGAGGUGGUGAGAGUUUGCGAACCAACGUACAAAGUUGAGGAACUCAAAUCAGAAGGGAUCAAUGUGAUAGAUUUGGUAUUCGAUGAUGGUACAUUUCCACCAAGCGAGGUGGUAGAUGAAUGGUUCGAGUUGCUAAAGUACCGAUUCCGAGAAUCACCCGACGCAUGUGUAGCGGUACAUUGUGUCGCGGGUCUUGGUAGAGCACCGGUCUUAGUUGCGAUAGCUCUUAUUGAGCUCGGGCUCAAAUUUGAAGAUGCAGUCGCCCUUAUCAGAGAGAAAAGACGAGGCGCGAUAAACGCAAAGCAGUUAACUUUUCUUGAAAAAUAUCGUCCCAAGUCUCGACUGAAGCUUAAGAAUGGACAAAAAAAUUCCUGCUGCGUCCAAUAGAUCAAAGAAUUUUUUGAAAAGAAGAAAAGAUGAAAAAAGUCACUAAUUCAUACUGAUUGGUAUAAAUGUGUAGAAUUUUGCGCCUGACAGCAAAUGGCAUAUUGUAGCAAAUCUGUUCUGAAUGGUCUAUCAAUGGAAAUGCAACGGUGAUCAAAUUUGAAGCAUAUUCUGCGUCAUUUAAUUUUAUAUUCUGAGGUGUAAGCCAAGAUUAACAAGAGGGAAAUUCGCUUUAAAAUUGUUGCUAUUUCCUUUUUUGAAUGAGAAUGAGCUGUAUUAUUUUUGAUACUUGAUGAAUAUUGACCAUAGGAAAACAAGUCUGUGGGAAUGGUAAUAGUGAGAAUUUUUAAAAUACGAUUGACUAUAUUAUUGCCAUUUAGCCUACUUGUUUGUAAAUUAUGACGCGAGAAUUAUUUAUACAUGUACAAACUCGUACAUUGUAUAAUAUUCACUUAUUUUUUCUCAAUGAGAUCAAAAUACUUUAAUGAAUAAUCGUAGCAAAUGAAACGAAAUAUGAUUUAUCUAAUUAGGAAAA